UCCUGCCCAAACGUGACGUCACAAAGCGGAAGAGUUCUCACUUAUUUUUAUGCUAAUAUGGCAGCGCCGUCGGGCGGAGGCGAUACGGGCAUUGGCAAUGACCAGAUAAUUGCCUUGGGAUCUGCACUUCUCAAUAACUUCAUCUAUGAACGAGUUCGUCGUCAUGGGGACAGCGAAGCUGAAGUAACCCGAAGUCAGCUGGAUGGUGUUGAGUUGUGCGACCCCAACCAUAAACGUCUUGGGCAGUGUUUACAACAGAUUGGAGAUGAGCUGGAUGGAAAUGUGCAUCUGCAAAGAAUGGUAAAUGACCCUGCUCUUCAACCAACUCAAGAAGUCUUCAUGAAAGUGGCCCGAGAGAUCUUCUCUGAUAGGAAGUUCAACUGGGGCAGAGUGGUGGCGCUUUUCUACUUUGCGUGUCGGCUUGUCAUCAAGGCUAUUACAACCAGGAUUCCUGACAUCGUCAGAACCAUCAUAAGCUGGACUAUGUCCUACAUUCAGGAACACGUUAUUAACUGGAUCAGGGAACAGGGCGGAUGGGUAAGUCUUGACAGUGACUUUCUUAUGCAAGCACUUCCUUAAAAUCAUGUGAAACGUCGGGUGUCGAUGUGAUAUUUUAACACCGGCCACAAUGACCGUUACCAAAUCUACUGAUGCUACAAUAAACAAGAUGCACAAAACAGCACGAACAUUUAACUUUCGUAAUGUGAAGCAAAAUAUCCAGGCAGUACUGUAGAC